ACAGAGGGGAUGGCCAGAUCGAGGGGAAGUGUGGUUACUGAUUGAAGAGUUAAUGGAGUGAAAAGAGUCUGAAUCAGCAGCAUAUACUCGACAGGGUAUUGCAAACAAAACCCAAGAUUGUGAGGGAAAGUGAUGGAGGAAAAUAUGGGCCGACAAGCGGAGACAGUGCCGGAAAGAAACUUAACUUUCACCCAUCUGGGAUCAAAGAGAGAGGAUCAAUGCCACAAUAGACCAUGCGUUAGGACAAACAAGGAUUUGAAUCAACAUUUCGAGGAAUGGAAAGAUGAAACACAUAUGUUGCAGCAGACGCGAGAGAUCAAGUCGGCAAUGACAUCCGUCAACAGUGUGGACCUAUCCCUGUCCGAGGGGGAAGGAAGUGCGAACGGCUCGUUCACAAACCAGUCACUGUCCUGCAACAUCGACGAGUCCUACAAAUACAUAUUCCUCCCCAUCUGCUACUCCUUCACCUUCAUCUUCAGCAUCACCCUGAACUCCAUCGUCCUGUACCGCUCCUUCCGCCACACCAAGCGCUGGAAUGCGUCGCUCAUCUACAUGGUCAACCUGGCCUCCACCGACUUCAUGUACGGCCUCUCGCUGCCCUUCCUGGUGGCGAGCUACAUCAUGCAAGACCACUGGGUGUUUGGGGACUUCAUGUGCCGCCUAGUGCGCUUCCUCUUCUACUUCAACCUCUACUGCAGCAUCUUCUUCCUCACGUGCAUCUCUGUGCACCGCUACCUGGGCAUCUGCCACCCCAUGAAAACAAUCACCCUGGAGACCAAACGCGCCGUCAAGGGAACCUGCAUCCUGGUGUGGGCUGCAGUGUUCCUGCUCACCUGCCCCAUCUUCCGCUUCGCACAGACUCAGUAUCUGCCGAGGAAAAAGGACGGGAUGGGCGAAAAUGGGCACACGGCGAACGACUCACGGCAGAGUUUUCACGGGGAAGCCGACGAGUUUAACAACUGCUGGGAUGACGCUAUUGACAAAGAGUUCCAGGACUACGUGCCUUAUGGGAUCACACUGCACCUGGUGGGAUUUUUUGUGCCGUUCAGCAUUAUUGCUUGGUGCUACUCACAGGUGGUCCUGACAAUCAUUAGGUCUCUGAAAUCCAAGCCCAGUAAGGAAGGCCGCGGAGGAGGAGGAGGUGCGGCAGGGCGAGGCGCUGGAUUUGGUGGCACGAUGUCCGGGCCCGAAGGAAUGUCAAUCAUUCUGGGCGCACACUCGCCAUACGUGAACAGACGCCGGAAAUCCAUCAAAACCAUCAUCACCAUCACGAUGCUCUUUGCCCUGUGCUUCUUCCCCUUCCACGUGACCCGUACCAUUUUCUUGAUUUUGAAAGUGACGAACCGUGUUGAGUGUCACACCAUGCGAAUGGUCUCAAUCUGUUAUAAAAUCACAAGACCCUUGGCCUCAUUCAAUGCCUGGCUCAAUGCCUUACUGUACUUCAUAACCAAGGAGAAGAGUGUGCCGUGCUGUCCCAGGCAAGAGCCUGUGCAACAAGGCCUCCUAUCACCCUUAAGGGUGCUGGGAAGACCAGGAGAGGAAGAGGAGGCCGACGGCGAGGCCCUUAAUAACAAGCAGCACAAGCCAAAAACAGAAGCAGACAUAUCUAGGGGCAUACCAUAGACAGGGGAACUGCACUGCCAUGGAGGAAAUCGGUUAGGAUGAUCCUAGGAUGAUUAGAAUGUAUUGUGUAUCCUAAGGACCCAGCAUUGGCAUGGGGCUAUUUAAGGACCACAACUGUUAGGAAUGGGGAAGGGAAACCCAAAGUACUAUAUACUUUGUAGAGGUGCCCUUCACAAUUGACCUUGGAACGGUAGCAGUAAAAGGUUGUUGAAUACAGUACAUAACUACAGAGCUGAAAACAUGGGCAAGUCGUUAAGCCUGGUAAAGUUUUUAAAAGUGAUCUGAGGUAACUGUGACAGGGGCAGUUAUAGGCAAGCUAGCUUCAUAACCUAAAGUCCAGCACCACAUAGUUUUUGUUUAUUAGUAUUUAACUAAAUCAACUGAUUCUAAUGAGCUCAACAUGUGCACAAUGUAGACACAUUGAUUAUUAAAAAAAUGCUUU